CCCAACGCCCUAAAGAAGAUCGACGUUGAAAAAGAGUUCUUCGGCAUGUUCACCAGAAGACGAUCCACAGAAGCCGAACUUCGACAAGCUGAAGAUGAAAUGAAGAGGGCGCAACAGCGCUUAGAAUCUAAGCUUGCAAGUGGAGCUGAGCCGCAGUUAGAAGAUGUGGAAAAACCUGAGGCAAAAGAAGUCUAUGAAUCACCUACAGCCCCAAAAAUGAACCGAGAACCGCAGUUCUCCACACCCAAUGGGGAACAAAAGGAGGCUAAGACCACCACAAAGGAGGUUGUGAGACCCCCAAAGACUGAAGCUGAAGAGACACGAAAUUUCCGAAGUAAGGAGGCUGAGACCACCAAAGAGGCCGCCGGGCCCCAAAGGUCUAAAAAUGAUGGAACUGCAAGCUUUACGGAGAAGUCCCUGGAGUUCAUGUCCUUAAUGAUGGAUUCCAUGACAGAAAUGCAGAAACGAAUGCAAGAACCUCGAGAUGACAUGGGGACAGUAAGAGGACUUGAAACUAUACGGGCUGGAAGUCCUGACCUACCUCCUCUCGCUCCAUGGGAAGCACAACAAGGACCUCUGAUUCUUGGAGAUUGGCUGCUGUUAGCAGAACCGAUCAUAGCAGAUCUUUCAGUCUUGACGGCUGCUGAAUGGUGGAAAGAUGUGGUCUGCGCUGCCGAGGUGAGAGAUGAGCUGGUAGCUUCAAGACGUCUAUCAACAUGUGGUGUCUUGACCUACUUACUGGUCACCUGCAGCCCUGGUGGAAUAUCUGAGCAGCAGAACUUGCUGCGCAAUCUAGAAGAUCCUCCAGAGAUCCAGAAUGUCCUGGACGGCCCAAUUGCCUUGAGACGGUGGCUUCGGUGGAGGACAAGAACAAAAGAAAUCGGUGCAAUUGCCCCUGACCCAGCACUACAAUUGAAAGGGUGGCUGAAGAUGACCAAAAGUGAUGCAUCUCCAACAAAGCCCAAGAUCCAGAAGGUCGAGGGGGAGGAUUCAUCAUCUACAAGCUCAAAAGUGAAGGAAGACGAAGGGUCAACCGAAGGUCUAUUACCAGUGCAAAACCAGAAAGGAUGUCCUCAACUACCACGAGCUCUUGCCUUGGAUUUGAUCGAGGAAACGAUGAGAAGUCUGAAGUUCGAGAAAGAGCAGAAGUGGAUGCAGGAGUUGAUCCAAAGUCACCCUGUUCUCCGUGAACUUCCACAACGAAUCCAAGACCGGCUUUUGGCCGAUGUGGGCGGUUGGAAAGAUUUGCCAAUCAGUUACAAAACAGGUUAUAUCCUUGUGGGAGCUCUGACAUGGACGGUACCAAAGGGUUCACCAUUGAAGGAGGAUCAAGUUGAGGAGCUGGAAGAAGAAGCCCCUAACUUUGACGCGAAGAAGGGUGAAGAACAAGACCAGCCACAAAUUGAAGAUGAACCAGCUGAACACGAACCAGCUCAAGGCAUCUUCGGCGAUCCUGAAGAGGAAAUUGAAGAACCUGAGGUACAAAAUGCCCCAGAGGGCGAAGCUGAAAAGAAAGGCGAAAAAGCAGAAGAAGAAAAGAAAGAAGGUGAGGAGGAAGAAAAGCCUGCAGAAUUUGAGUUUGUCAACGAGCUCAAUCGCGCUGCUCGAAUUGGGAAAAGGCCAGAUUGGCCACCAUUCCUCUCUACUGUCAUGGUCCGAAAACGAAAGUGGCGCCGUGGUGUAUUUGAAAUUUCCACGGAGAAUGUCAAGUACCUUUGCCCCUCACCUGAAGACCAUGGUCAUUGGAUCCUACCUGAAGGUGAACGUCCUCGCAUCACUAAGCUCAUCAUGAAACCUGCACACCUUCCAGUCACUGAAGAAGGUUGGAUUGCUUUGGAAAGAGAAGCAGCAGAUGCAGUCAUGGUGAGGCGAAGAUUGCGCGGAAAGUCUGCAGUCCGAAGGAUGGAGGAAAAAGAUCAGGCUGAGGAUGAAGAGGAAGCUGAAAAGAAGAGAAGGGUAAAGAUUUUAAGCGUGAUCGAAGAAGAGAUGAGAAGAAUGGUGGAGGAUGAUGCGGAGUUGGCCUUGGAAGAGCUUCAAAUCCUUUCGAAGCUGAAGAAGUUGGCGGUUAUGCCAAACGAAGAGGAGGUCUUGCAGACCAAAAUCGUAUCUCCCCGAGAAGUAGCUGAGAGCUGGGAAGAGUGGCUUCCUGCAGUUCGUAGUGAAGUUGAGGCCCUGCUGAACGAAAAAGAAGAUUUUAACGAAGUAUUUCCAGAAGAACUUCAAAAGCUCAAGGAGGACGCAGAAAAGAAGGGAAAGGGGAUCGAAUAUAUCCCAUCCAAACUGGUUUUCACUAGAAAACCUCGCCCUGAUGGUGGCAAAAAGAAAGUGCGGUGGGUAGCAUGCGGAAAUUUGGAACCCCGCCGUGAAGAAGAAGACAACUUCAGCAGUGGAGCUGAUGCUUCAGCUCUCCGCAUCCUGGUCUGGAAGAAGUUCCUGCGAAAGGACGUCCUCCACAAGCCUGAGAAAGCCAUCUACGGCUUCCGUCGAUCUCCAAAAUUAUGGGGUUUGACUAGAGAUGAAACUAUCAAUGGCUUUAACAUUGAGGGGGAGCAUGAAGGGAAAUCCAUGAACUUUGUCCUCGAGCCUCUUCAAUCUGAACCAAAUCUGUGGAAGUUGCAAAAUGCUGAUGAUAAAGAUGACCUGACGGUCUCUGGGCUCUUGAUGACCUAUGUGGACGAUCUCUUGACUGCAGCUCCAGAACCUCUCGUGUUGGCCGUCCAGAACAAGAUACAGUCGACUUGGACUACGUCAGUUCCUGAGCCAGUAUCCAGCACUCCAGUACGUUUCCUUGGAAUGGAAAUCUCUAAACUCUGCGACGCAGAGACCAAAAGAGAUGCGUGGAUGCUGACACAACAAAGCUAUACGCUUGACUUGGCCCAAAAGGAGAACGAAAACGUAAAUCCGAAGAAGAUUCCACUGUCACGAGAUCAAUCUGCGAUGGAACCAAGGGAGGAGUCACCUUCGAUUGAAAAAGUUCGAUCAGCCCAGAAAGCUGUGGGUGAAGCCUUGUGGCUUACAACAAGCUAUUUGGCCACCACUGCUGCUGAAGGUCUGAAAUUCGAUGUGAAAGAAAACAAACUUCCUGCGUUGACCGUCUACACGGAUGCCUCCUUUGCCCCUUACGGGGAGCCGAAUUUGUCAUAUGACAGUGUGUUGUUCGAGCUCAACCUGGAAGUCACGCCAAUGAUGCUGUGGAGGAAAAUGAGGCAUCUCGAAGAGAUCGCAUUGAACCUUUGGUGGAAAAAAGUUCCACUGCCACGGGAGGAGAAGAUCCAGAACAUGUCGCUCCGCAACCAGCUCAAUAUGAUGCUCCGAGAUCAAAUAGGAAUGCUCCGCAACCAGACCCAGAACCAGAAAGCCCGAGACGAACAAGUUCACAAUCCACCGGCCUCACAAAUGCAUUGGCUGCUUUGCGAGUACAUGACGCACCGAUGCCAGACUAUGAAGAAGAAUGGAGACAGAUUGAACAGGAAGUGGUAUGAGAGGAGCUUACUCAGGCUCCUCCAGGUGACCCUCGCCUUGGACCUCUUCAACCUCAAACUCUGUGACGCAGAGACCCAACGCCGGCAAUACCAGAACUUCCAUUUAAG